UUGUCUGAAGAAGCGAACUGGCAAUUACAGUAUUUUGAGACAGAAAGUUGGGCUACUGUUAGAAAUAUUUGGCGAAUCCAUGGCACACUGGAUUGUGCCAUAGGUGUCUCUACAAAUCAUCACGGCACAGGACUUAUUAAUCGUCUUCGUAUUCGGUUCUUCGGGGGUUCUAACAUCGAUACAACAUUUGCUGACUUUAACAAUUUUUACGUGGACACAGUGUACAUGUUCGUUGCCAUGCCAGAUUUUGUGAUUCAAGUUACCUAUGACGACCCCCCGAAAGCCUCUGCUCAUUUUGAGAUCCAAGUGGAGACCCGGUGUGAUGAAGUUGUUCUUUCAUGCGAUGACUCGCCAUGCAGUGCAGGUAGCACCUGCGAGGAUAAACAUUAUGGCUUCGUCUGUGAAUGUUUUCCAGGAUUUACAGGGACCAAUUGCUCAGUAGGAAACCAUGUGCAUCACAUAGAUCUGGAAAUGAACAGUCCAAUUGUUUUGGACCCGAUGCAGUACCUUCGCUCCUCAUACCCGUAUCCUCAGAUGUCUUGGUACAUCCAGGGCAAGGAGAACCAUGCUAUUGGGGUGGCUAAAAUCCAGGAAGAGUCGAGUUACCUACAGCGACUGAUUCUCAAUACCGAGCGCAACCUGUUUGGUCUCAUCAUUAGUAGAUCAAGCGGCCUUCCCUUUGUUUUUGUCCAGCAUUCUUCUAUAAGGCUGAUGUGUUCUGAGCAUAUUUGCACCACCUCCGGGGCCACAGUUCUGGAGAUAAGCAUACAGCCCUCUCAAGAAUUUGGAGUACAGAACAACUUUGUUAACAGCAGCGAGCUGGUAGUGAUUCCUUUCCCUGGCCCAACCACGGCUACCAGCGUUGGAACCAUGACUUUCAUACAGACCGAGCCCGGCUGCGGCAUAGGUAUCAUAGAUACAGCUACGGCAUCACAAUGGAAGAUGGCAAAUUGUAGCCCAGAUACCUGUGCGCAUGGCAGCCUGUGUACUAACAUGCAGGGUGGUGGUUAUGUCUGCCAGUGUCAAGUCGGCUUUGCUGGAAUCCGAUGCAACGAUGAGGAAAACGUACGCCACAUAGAGGGGAAUGCCUCCUUCCCUCUGGCUAUUCUGAUCCGUACGGACCGGUUGGAAGAUAAAUCUCAAGCCUAUAAAGUAGAAGUCACUCCAGGAUGUGGUAUCGAAAUCAAUUUUAGAAACUUUAAAAUCGGUCGUCAAGGCAGAUUUAUCAUCAAAGACAACCUCAAAUUGCCAGGCUUUUAUCAAUCAUACACAUAUACAGUGGUGAACAAGUAUUUUCAUUUUCUGAAUCAUACCCUCUGGUUGCUAUUUCACCCUGUUGAAAGAGGAAAUACACAAUUCGUUUUACGGGUAACUGAGUCCUGUGUGACAGCAAACUGUAGCCUUGGUGUGUGUGCAGCAGGCAGCGUGUGUGAAGACUUCUACGGUGGGUAUCUGUGCGAUUGUCCACCGGGGUAUGGAGGUGUAGGCUGUGCUGAAGAUGUCGGUGUGAUCAAAUGGAUUCUGAAUCCAAGCCAGUCGUUAAAACUUGAUCUUGACUACAACAUCACUUGUAAAGUGGACGUGCCCGACCGGGGUUGUGGGAUCGAGGUCUUCCUAUCCAAAAUGUCCUUGAUCACUGGAUCGGGGUACACGUUCAUCAUUCAAUCCUCUGCCGAUAAGUCCACGUUGCUGACGGCGUCAAACGGCAUGUCCAGCGAGUAUGGGUACUUCAACCUACCGACCAUUUGGUUUCAGCUUUACAUUUCGCAUACCAAACAGACUAUAUUGAGUAUGUUUGCCCAAUGUGACCUGUAUCUUCAAGGAGGCAUUGUUUGCGAGAGUGCAGUAUGA